GGAAUCCGGGCCUGACAUUCUUUGCCUCCUGCCGCAGCUGUGAGCUCAUUCCGCACAGUCAUGCGCUCAUGUUCGUUGGGGACCGCCAGGCACGAAUCUAGAGCGAGCGGCAUAUUCUUGUACUCCACCAUGCCCUCAGGGAUGCGUCAACAGUGGCAUGGCAGCAUGAACUCCUGAUUCCAGAGGCUUCUCGGAAAGUCUCGAAAUUAGCCAUAAAAAGCACACGACCUCACAUCCCAUGUCACUGCCUCCUUCGCCAUGCCUUUUGUCGACAUAGUCAGUUUGGGCGGCCCUCUGAACGUAUCGUACACUAUCUCGACGCCCGGGACUCCUUCGGCGAAAAGCAUUGUCCCGGGUCUACCGACCGUGGUGCUUCUGCACCCGUUGUACCUGGGCCAGUAUGCGUUACACCGUAUGUCUCGUCCCGUCAUCCCACCUCGAUUCAGCGUUCGAUGCAUGAAAAAGCUCAGCUCGCCGAUGUGCAACUACGGAGGUUCAAUCUGGUCACUCUCGAUCUCCGCAAUCACGGCGCCUCGGUGGGCUUUGUAAAGGAUGACUACGGGGUUGCAUCCGCGGUCGAUGAUGUUGUCAAAUUCAUGGAAGCACUGAAAUUGCCGCCUGUCCAUCUCGUGGGUGUGAACUACGGCUCGCUUAUCGCGCUCGAGCUGGCUGCACUGUGGCCGCAACGCGUCCAGUCGCUCACUCUCGUCUCGCCACCAGCAAUGGACGAGGUCAGCGACGACCAUCUCUUAUGUCGGGUCUCAUCUCUCUCGCAGCCUGAAGAUGUCGCCGAAGGUCGGAUGGAAAUCUAUGAGUGCUGGAAGACUGGGCUCCCUGAAGGGCAGCCUCCCGACGAGGUGGCGUUGCUUGACGCUGUAUGCGGGGCACUUCAGAUCGGCACCAAUAACCAGCAGUCCUCUCUUGUCUCUGCUCUGACAAAACUGACACUUGCCACCGCACCUAACAAUUGGAGCCCACCCAGAUUGGACGAAUAUUAUCGUUCGACUGUGGCAUUUUUUAUCGAUCGUCGCCGACCUACCUUGCGGGGGAUCACUGCACCUGUGCUGCUUGUAUAUUGCGAUGAAGACAUCGCUUAUGCCAGGGAAAGUGCUGAAGAACUACAGCAUGCGCUUGAGGUUGCUGGGGUCACGGAUGUGCGGCUGGAGGAUGUGCCUGAUGCUGCCCAAUGGGGCAAUCUCACGCAUCCAGAAGAAAUCAACAAGUUGAUCUAUGAUAUGGUUAUCAAUUACGCUGCUGAACAGGACAUACCGGCCGCGCCGAGAACGGUUGUAACGCCCUUUGCUACAGCACUUGCACAGGCUGGAAUGCACGACGACGGAGAUGACUCGGACGAUGAGUGAUGUUUGCUGGAAUCGGGAAGGCCCCAAAUUUCAAAUACCAUCGUCUGCCAUUAGUCUUGAAACACUGCAUUUUCGACACAACCCAUGUGCUUUUACUUGCCCAUCCACUAUCUCAUACCCGACAUCCUCUCAUAGCUUACAAUUCGCUCAGAUUCUGCUCACAGGCACUGUCAACCUCUCAAUAAAUUGUGCCGUGCUUCCACAGUAGACUCUUGCAGAUUGAGUAUGUACAUACCGUAAAAGAAAGUCAAUACCCGGUCUUGAGGUCAGCGCCAAACGCUUAUUUUCCGUCAGGUAUUUGCUACUAAUAAGUAUUGCUACGAUUGUCGUUCUCGCUUAGGAUUAGGACGCCAAGCACCACUUUAUCACAUGACCGUGAUUGAUUACCCAAUUCAUAACACCAUCAUCGGCGCCCCAAUUUAGAACUUGGUACCAACCACCACAAGUUCGCAACAACUGCGGUGCCAGCCGUUUCUUCGGCAUCUUCGCCUGACACCGACGAUACUGUUAUGGUGCACCGUCCAGCAGACUCGCGCCUUCUUUCGAACCUUCUAUCCCAAGAAAAAGAAUACGCAAAACAUCUUACCACCCUUCUCGACCAUUCCAAUGCUUCUCUGGCUUCGGUGACCGCCUACGCCGCAGCCUCCUCGCCCGCCUCUGCGCAUCUCAUUCUCGCGGUUUCUGCGCAGCUCGCCUCUGCCGACGAGGCCCUCAGGCACUACGCGGUCGCGGUGGGGCGAUGGCAGGAAUACCUGAAGAACCUCAAGGGGUUGGAGGACGAGGUUGGAAAUAUCAUGAGGGACAGAGAGAUUCUUGUCACCCGUCUCAUCAAGGCGUCCAAACUCAGUCCACAUCCGUCCCUUUCGUCAUCUUCGCUAGUCCUUUCCGCCAGCCAGUCGCAUACGUCACUUCCAUCCGUCAACUCCAAACUCGCCGCGGCUCAAACCGAACUGCAGGCUUGCGAAGCCCAUUUGGCGUCGAAGGAGGCGGAGCUGGACGUCCAUCGCGCCGCGCUGGUCAGAGAGGGUCUGGCUGAUCGGUGUCGCGCUCUGGCUGAAUGCGGCCAGCAAUGGAGCGAGGCUGGGCGGAUCGGCGCCUUGACGGCUCAAGGGGGACCGCAUCCUCGUCUUCCAUCGCCCGUCUCGGACGUAAACAAGCCUCUGCCGGGCGUCUCUGGCUCGGAUGUAUCGCUCGCUCCAUCGCAGUCCGCGUCUCAAAUCCAACUUUUCCCCGAACCUCAACAGCAUAUAUACAGCAAUGCAGGUCUGCCUCCCCCUUCCGCGGAAGGCUCGAGCUCUAGCGGUAUCGCUUUCCCUGCUGCCCAUGCUUUGCACGACUCAUCGGCGCCCGUCCUGCCAUUUGCGCAUCGCACAUUACCGAGACGAAUCACGGAAGAAGAUCUGCUGCGUACUGCGGAGGAAAACAGCAGUGAAGACGAACCGGUAUCCCCUGCGCAGCUCGAGAUUGUCGAGAAUCCCCGGUUUGCGAAUAACGCCAAAGUCAAAGCCGGGCCGUCGAGAAAAGAUAGUUUCCUUCGACGACAAUCUCUGCGCAGCACAAGCACAAUGAGCGUGCCUGCCCCGUCAAAGAGCAGUUCAGGCUUUUUUGGCAGCAUCCGAGGGCUGUUUGGUGGCCGCAAAGGAGGAAGCGAUGUCGCUGCCGCUUCUGCUGUGCCUGCUAAAAGACGAGGAAAGCUCAGGGAAUUGAGCGAGGAGGACGAUGCACGCGGCGAAGUGCUUUCUGAGCCUCGGCCCCGUGUCUUGAGUGAAGGCUCUGUUCGGAGAAAGGGCAGUGCAGUGAACAAAACAGCGGUCCUCAGAGCUGAAGAAUGGGUCGGGGGGCAAGGGCUCAUGCCGCUGCCUCGACGGGCGGAAGUCGAGGAUCGAGGAUGGGCUAGUGAUGGGCCGUCUUCUGAAGUCGUUCUCGUUCGCAAGAAGAGCAAAAAGAGAGACAGGACGGCGGUGUCCAGUGUUUCGGCCGAUGGCGACAGUGUGGUCCCACCACGCACCCACAAGCGUCGAGUUUCGCUCGAUAUGACUGCGGCCGGUGGAUCGCCGCAGGCGAUCGCUCUGAUGCCUGCUGGGUCAAUCAGGAAAGAGCGUCGGGCCAGUAUGCCCGUUCAUUCUGCACCUCGUGCACAGACCGAUAUCCCCAGUCUGAUGAGCAUAGUUGAGGGCGUGGCUCAAGCAAAUCGAGAGGGCUGGGCCGCCUAUAACGAUGCGAGCACAGGGUUGAGCUCGAGCGCUCCUGUGCCAUCGUCAUCUAUAGACGUCCCGCGCUCGAACGGUCAGAACAGUCGUGGUCGGACAGGUUUGCCUGCAAUGACUUCCAAUUUGAUGCAGAUUGACGGGCUGCCUCGAGCGCCGGGGUCUGUGUUUGCCACCGCAUAUCCACAAGCGCCCGCAUCAAACAGCCUUUCGAACCCGGCGUCAGCUGCUUCAUCACCUGCUUCAUCGAUUCGACGGCCUGCGAAAUCGCCUCUUCGAAGUGCGCUGAGGAACGCGUCUCCUGCACCAGUCGUUCCUCCGCUCCCAGCAGCCGUUGCGCCCUCGUUUCCAAUCAUCGUCAAAGCUCCCGCGCCCAUCACGGUGACGAUUCCGGUCCUCAAUCUCGAAGGAAGCAAGACUGUUGUUCCGGUGGUCACUGCAGACGGCGGCGAUUCAGAUGACGGAGCGUCUAUAUCAUCGUACGAGACCGGUCACGAGACCUUCUCCGACGGCGACGAGGACAAAUCGCCUCCUCUGCCACCCAACAAAGAGUCUGCGACGAUGUUUGAUAGCCCUAUCAACGGCAAUGGUAAUAUCGAGGCCUAUGGAAGAGGCUCUGACGUGUCAGCCAGCUCGACGUCGACGCAAAUGCAAGGUCCGCAGCGUCGUAAGAGUGUGCGGGUGUCACUGCAGCCCACGUUCUCCACGACACCUCCGGCGAUCGACGACGAUGACGACGAUGACGCUGGGAGCGAGGGCAGGCAUCCUCCAUGGGAGCGAAGCGCAACUCCGGAUAUGUGGGCAGACUCGAGCGAAGAAGACUCCGAGUACCAGACCGCGAGGAAGCUGCUCACUCGAGUUGCCCGGAAGAAAAACAAGAAGUCUCGUGUAUUGUCGUCUCUAGUGUAUUCUAUUUCGGAUAAUGAAUGGCUUUUGAGACUUUUGUUCGUCGAAUGUGAUGACGUAAGCCAAAUUGCAGACCCGCCGUCUUUUUUGCUCUUCCACUUCGUCCUCGCUCCGAGCUCUAUCACACGCAACCGCUUCUCACACUUGCAACACACUGAAAUGGCCGAGGAAGAUCAACAGGGCACCCAGGAGGUCAAAUCUGAGGAUGCUCAGUCGACCAUUAACAUCAAGGUCGUGAGCUCGACCGGCGAAGAGGUCUUUUUCAAGAUCAAGCGGAGCACGAAGCUAAGCAAGCUCCAAGGCGCUUACGCCAACAAGGUCGGGAAAGACGUGGGCAGCAUCCGUUUUCUCUAUGAUGGAUCUCGCAUAAGCGACGAUGAUACGCCCGCGACGUUGGAUAUGGAGGACAACGAUACCAUCGAUGUUAUGGUCGAGCAGGUCGGAGGUCGUGCAUCGCGGCGCUAGGGUCCCGGACGCGACGCGCAGUUUCUUGAUUUUCCUCGAAUUCUUGUCUUGUAUCCACCUGCCACAGUAUAAUGUACAAAGUUCAGCAACGCUUCUCUACCGCCGAGUCCCGGGCCCUCGC